UUGAGAAAUCUGAAGUACUGCUGUUUUGUCACCAAAGUACGUAUUCUCGGAAGAUUCUCUCGGAGUUUCAGUUAAUUAUGUCUACCCAUGUCCUGAUUUUCCCUUUGCCAAUGCAAGGUCCUGUCAAUUGUGUGCUCAAAUUAGCAGAGCUCCUCUGUAUCUCCGGCAUCUCCGUCACUGUCCUCAACACCGUCUACAUCCAACGAAACCUCCUCCGUCAUACCAACGUCUUGUCCCGAUUCAGCCGCUACCCCAAUUUUCGUUUUCAGACCAUCUCCGACGGACUCCCCGACGACCAUCCUCGUUCCACCGCACGCUACAACGAGGUGUUUGAAGGAAUGAAAACUGUGACCGAACCAGCUUUCAGAGACAUGAUGGUUUCCGGAUGCUUCAGUUGCAAAUCCGAUUCUCCGGUGACUGUUGUAAUACCCGACGGAUUAUUUUCAUUUGCACUUGAUGUCGCGGAAGAGAUACAGAUUCCUUUAAUUUAUUUUGAAACUAUGAGUCCUUGCACACUUUGGACAUACUUGUGUCUUCCUAAGCUCAUCGGAGCCGGCGAGGUCCCUUUCAACGGUAUCGAUUUGGAUGUGUUGAUAAAGAACGUUCCCGGAACAGAAACUUUCCUCCGGCGCCGGGAUCUUCCAGGUUUCUAUCGUUACGAUAACCUCACCAACCCCGUUAUGCAAAUUAUAAUGAACGAAGCUCGACAAGUUCCUCGAGCUCAUGGAGUCAUACUCAACACAUUCGAAGCUCUCGACGCAUCCAUACUCGACCAAAUCCGCAGUCUUUGCCCAAACAUAUAUUGCAUAGGCCCAUUACACACCCUGCUCAAAUCCCGUCUCCCAAAAUCAACGCAACACAAUGUUUCAAACAGUCUAUGGACAGAAAAUCGAGAUUGUCUCUCAUGGCUAGACACCCAACUACCAAAAUCUGUCGUUUAUGUUAGCAUCGGAAGCAUGGCAACAAUGACAGUAGACCAAUUCGUUGAAAUCUGGCAUGGAUUAGUGAACAGUGGAUACCCUUUCCUGUUGGUGAAACGGCCUGGUUCGGUCACCGGAGACUAUGAUGAGAGUAAAGUUCCGGGGAAUAUUGUCGGUGAAACUAACCGGAGAGGGUUCAUUACAACAUGGGUUCCGCAAGAGGAGGUGUUAGCCCAUUCUGCAUUCGGUGGUUUUCUGACACAUAGUAGAUGGAACUCGACGGUGGAGAGUAUGGUGGAGGGGGUUCCGAUGAUCUGUUGGCCACUUAAAGUGGACCAACAUGUCAAUAGUCGGUUUGUGAGCGAAGUGUGGAAGAUUGGUAUUGAUAUAAAAGAAACUUGUGACAGAUUUGUGGUCGAGAAGGCGGUGAAAGAUGUUUUAGAUGUGCGACGGAGUGAAUUUUUCCGAUCGACAAAAGUGGUGGCGGAGGCUGGUGCGAAAAGUGUGUCGGAAAAUGGCUCUUCGUGGAUGGAUUUGAAUAGGCUUGUUGAAGAUCUUAAGUCAAAUGAUUUUGUUUGCAAGUAAAGCUAUGUUGCAAUGGUUGUUGACUUGUGGAUAAGGGAAAUGGUUUUUGAGUAUUGAACUUUUAUAGGAAGGAAAUUAAAUAAAAUGGAAC